AUGAGGCAAUCUUUCUUCUCCUCCCCUAUCUUCUUCUUUCUUGCCAUUCUAUUUCUAGCCAAGGUUGAUGCUGAUAUCGUCAAUGAAACAUGUCAAAAAGCUUCUCAGGUUGACAAGGAAUUGCAGUAUGACUUCUGUGUUGCGGCUCUUGGAAAAGAUCCCAAGAGCCACAGUGCAGACCUCCAGGGGCUAGGGAUCAUCUCAAUGGAAUUGAUGAAAGAGAAAGCAACAAAGAUUGGUUCACACAUUAAGGAGAUCUUGAAUGAUACAAAAUCCGGUCCAGUUUUUAAGCGUUGCAUACAGAGUUGUGACGAGCGUUACGCCGACGUACAGCUUUCUACAAAUCAUGCAAUUGAAGCCUUCAAAUCUAAGAAUUACAAGGAAGCUAGUAGCCAAGUGAGUGCCACGUUGACUAAUGCUGGGACUUGUGAAGACGUGUUUGCGCAGACUCUCGAUCACCUAAAAUCUCCUUUGACAGCAGAGUAUAAUGAUUUGUUUCAGUUGAUUUCAAUUGCUGGGCAAAUUAGCUUUGUUUUGACAUGA